GCCAUAGACUUUGCGUGUACCAUACCGGCAAUAUACACACACAGCUGCGCUGCACAGAGUCAGUCAGAGGAGUGAAAUUGCGUAGUGAGAGUCGAGGAAACAGCCCAUGAUUUACUUAGAUUUACACGAAGAUUUGACUCUGAAAUUCAGAGUUUUUACUAUUUUUAUGAUCCAAUAGGUAGAGCAACAGCAUGAAUGAAAGGCCCGAACGAGGAGAUGAAUCUGGAAGUGAAAUAUGGACUUCCUCAUCCAGUUGGGAGGCGCAGUGUCUGGAAGAAUUGGAUCGGGAAUUAGAACCAAAUUUGGAUGAACGUCUACCGCAAGAGAAACAGUUUGCAUCAGAAAAACUUUGGUAUUCCUUUCAAAACUGCGCUAGUGCUGUAACAACUUUAUAUAAAGAACGUCUUAACCAAAGCAAUAUCCAUAUACCUCUUUGGCUAGUUUUCCAAAAUGCUGCUGGAUCAGUCACACAGUUAUAUAAAGAAAGCACAGAUGCACAAAAAUGUAGUUUAGAUCUAGGUAUUAGCAUUGGGCACCAGCGCCGCACCAGAGACAUCGUGGCCUGGGUCAAAAAGCGCAGGAGACACAUACGUCGUGAGGAUCUCUUAGCAUUUCUCUGCGGUAAGGCACCGCCUGGCAGGAUCAGGCCGUCACAUGGAGUACCACGGAGUCCCUCGGAUAGAUCAUCCCCACGCACCCUCUCUCCGCCACGUGAAGCCCAGAGAACAGGGGAGCCUGUAGAUGAUCUUCAACCCUUUAGAGAUGCCCUAGCUUUGCAUGGUCUGAAUGGGGCAAUGGCCAAUAUAGGAGUUUCCCAAUCACCCUCUUCACACCACUCAUCAUCGAGGAGACGCCACGCAUCAAACCACGAUCUCUUCCCAGAGGAUCUUGUAAGCCAUCCCGACUCACGGAAACGUUCUAGCACCACCAGCGCCCCCACAGCGGAAGGAUCACCAUCGCACAAACGCUCACGUCUACUAUAAAUAAACAAAAUCCUAUACAUCGUGUGCCACUAUUGAAUAUGUAAUAUAAAGCGAAACAAAAGUGUGUGUAUUACCUUUGACAGCGUUCAUGGACUAUGACUGUUGCCUUCCUCACAUCACAGAUUUGAUAAGAUUAUGAAUAUUAGUGUGCAUACAAUUGGGCAUUUUUUGUUUUUGUUUACCAAUUAUUUAAAACCAAUGCUGCACAUGUACAUGUAUUUUAUGUGUCAGUUACAUCUUUUCUUUGUUUUUUCUUCUGUAGUUUUACAGUCUGACCUUGAUUGUACAGGAAGGGAGGGGGGGUAUUAAAAUUUUUUUACAAACAUCCGACAUAACUUUGGUGCUAAAUCACAUUUUUAAUCAUCUAAAGGCUUUGCGCGUGACUUGCUAGUGACUAUUUUUGCUACCCACAGGUCACUUGCAUUGACAGAAUCUUGCACGUAUCUCAUUGGCAGUUGCCCACAGGAGUACAUGCAAGUGUGAUUUGCCUGCUGAAAAGUUUUGAACAUGCUCAAAACUUUCAUACUGGUCAGUUGCUUUUACGUAACGAUGGGACAUGGCGUUAUAUGACCAAUAUCUGUAUAAUUGAGGUCAGGCUAUCCUUUUUCAGUAUUUUUCACCAUUUUAUCAUUAAAAAAAAGUCAUAAGGAGAAAACCACAACUUCGUAUUUUUCGUUGUUUAUUGAUUUUAAAGUAUAUUUGCUCACUGUUAACUACAAUGUAUACAUUUUAGAUAUCUAGCGUAUAAAUAUACUUUUGAUAUUUGAUUUUUUUUCAAUUGUUUUUUCAUGGAAUGUUACUUCCUUUUUUUUUCAAUAUUUUUUUUUUCUAUUUGAUACUGAUUGGGUUUUGUAUAAUGUGAAUUCUCAUGAAGCUUCACUUUGUUUUUGCUUUAUGAGUUGCACUAUGUUGAAUGUAACAAGGUAUUACCCAUUUAUAUAACGUGUAAAAUAAAAAUAUAACUUUUUUUUGCCCACUCAAGCCAAUGUGUAAAAAUUGAAAGCUUUAUAUGCCUGUCUUGUAAAUAGAUUUCCAUCAUUCUUAUAAAAAUUUUGCUCUAAAUGUGAAGUGUGAUGUUUCUUGUGAUCAAAUUUUUGACCUCGAGAGAGAAAUGGUUCUUUCCUUUCAAUAUAUCAAGUACUGCAUGUAGAAAUGCAAAUUAUAUUCGUAAGCCUAUUAAUGAUAAUUGAUAUAAAUGCAUCAUGCACACAUUUCUUGAAACCUUCAGUGAAGGCAACAAUAAAAUGAAUAUGCAUAUGAAUAUACAAUUAGCUGUAAUAAAUGACCAUGUGGUUGUUUCUCAAAAACUUAAGUCGUACUAUUAGAUUAAACAUCAAUUCUGAGAUGUUUUUGGCAUGUAACGCAUCACCUCAUUGGUCAGAUCAAUACUGACGAAGGACGUUUUCCAAUAAAUACAUGUAUGUUUCCAAUAUAGGUAGAUGCAUAUUGGAAUUUAUGCUGUUGGAUUCAAUUUGCAAUCGAGCUGCCACAGUCUAUAAGAAACACACUCAUAGUUUGAACAAAUGAUUUUGAUCACAUUUAAGCUCUUGUUACAUUGGUAUUAAAUUUAACAAACAGCUGUUACAAAUACAGACUUGGAUUUGUUGUUAUGUGGGACUCCUGUAGAAUUUUGUGCCAUUUACAAAUAUUUGUGAUUAAUCUUUGUAUCUUAGCUUUAUUUUGCAAGCUUUGUACAGUUUUGAAUAACGCCCCUCCCCAUCCCAUUAUAUAUUAUUUCCCAAAGUCAGCAUUUUUGUAAAUUUACAAAGUGAUUAUAUAUUUCAAUCUGUUUCGAGUUAUUCUUUUAGUUUGUUUUGUUUAGCCACCUGAAAGUUGUAUGGUUUGCUUUCAAAUGCUUUAUGAUUUUGAUGGUUGUUUUGCAUGUUUUGUUUUGAAUAUUUUCUUUAUGAGAUAAGUAUUAGAAAUGAUUUUCUUAAGUGCUUAUUAUUUCAUGAAUUCACUUUCCUUAGCAAUUUAUUGUAUUAGAUAAAACAAUCCUGCACAGAAUGUGAACAAAACUUAAAAUUAAGAACUGAAUAAUGUUUAAAUUUCUUGUGUUGAACAAGUUUUGAUACAGAUUGAAAUGAUUAUUAACUCUCUGUGUUUACAGUGUAAAUCAGAUUUCAAAAUUUAGUGCAUUUCAUAAUCUAGAUGUCAAUUGCUAUUCUGGUCAAAUACAUUUUGAUGAAGGAAUACAUUUCCUAAGUAAUUCUGCUUUGGUAUUAUUGAUUGGAUCACAGUAUUAAUUCAGUAAGCCUACUCUAUUGGAUAAUAUUGGGGAAAAGGUUGGCAUGACAAUUUACGACUCACACAUCAUGUCAAACUUAUGUUCACAUAUUGGUGCACUUCUGAUGACUAUGUAUGAAGACCUAAUCAUUUAAGCUUCUUCACAUGGAAUUUCUAUGUUUCACAUUCAUAGAGAUCUGUCUUGGAUAUUGGGUUCAGUUCCACUUCUGGGUAUUGGAAUGGUUUGUACCAGAGACCUUGUAGUGCAAUUGAAGCUGAACUCUUCAAUUUGUUGUAAAUUUCAUCGAUCUCCCUAUCUUUGCUGUAAAUGUAGACAAGUGCAAUUACUUAUUGCAUUUGAUUGGUCAACAGCAGAAGUUUGAAACAAAUAUGAGAAUCCCACUUUUUGUUAUUUAAAAUUUAUCCCUCUUAGCCCACACAAAUUCCCAACUAGUUUCUUAUUUGAUAAAAUAAACAUCUGAAAGUUAUAUACUGUAUGCUUGUGAGCCUCAUAAUCUAACAUUGCAAAUAUUAAGUGUUAGAAUAUGCUGAAUGUAUAUUUUAAGCAAUUUUAUGAGAUGAAUAUAACUGCAGCCAAAGGCAUUAAAAUGAGAUAUUCUUUACCUCUGAUUAUAACAGAUGAGAAUACAUAGCCAAAUGUGGCAGUGUUUAGUCUAUUAAAAUAAGCAGGGAAUAUUAUGUGUGUAUCUAUGUAUAUAAUUAGAUAGGUAAACAGUAGUUAGUUCAGUACUGUGAUAUAUAUGUAAAGUUCACACUGUAAACAUGUUCAAUGGUAGCAAAAGCGACCAAUAUAGUGCAGAAUAUAUUUCUACUUGAUAAUUUCAGGUAGUUGUGCAUAUCUGGGGUAUGUAAGCCAGUGGGUUUGUACCGGGCAAUGUGUCGUGAAGUUGAAAUGAAAAGAUAUAUUAUAAAGGGUAUGUGACAAUAUUCGAUUUGAGAUGGACACUGAAAUAUUAUCAGUUUUUUUUAUUUGUUUGGUUUUUAGUUUUUUUUUGGUGAUUUAAAUUUAGGGAAAUAUGUUUUGAUGUAAAAUUGUGGAGCUAUCCCAUUGGGACAAUGUGACUGCAUGUUGUGGUUUGACCCUAAACUUUGAUGUAGAAUCUUAAAAUCAUCAAAAAUUGCAUCUACACACAUACUGCCCCCUAAUUUACUGUAUCAUUCAAUAAUAAUAAUAAUAAUUGGAAUUAAAUAAUCACUAGAAUUCCUGAUGUUCUUGUAAAUGAUUGGCAAAUUGGUGAAAACUCAAAAAUUACUGUUACCACAAGCAAAUUGUGAGUCACAAUGUCUAACUUAUAAAGGUGUUCUCUCUCAAUUUAGAUGAAAAAAUCAAAUGUUUUAGUUCAAUUGGGCUGUUCCUUGAAAACAAAAGUCCAUAUAUGUGUUUAUUGUAGAGUUAAUCUUUCUGGAGUAAAAUUUACAUGACAAGAGGUAAUCUGUAGUUAUGGAUUUGAGACCGUCCUCGGCCAUGUCUUGCUGACCUAGGCCUUGGUCUCAGUCCGAGUCACAUAACAAAAUCUAUUAGAGAACCUUUGCUCUAUUGUGGCUUAGAUGAUCCUGGCUUUGACUCCAUCCCUGGUAAUGUUAACAUGCCUUCUUGUUUGUUCAUUUGUCUCUUAAUUUGAGAUGUCCUUACUCAUAACUAUUGUGGAUUCAACUUCAAUAAGCAAGGUUGUUGAAGUUUGAACCCAACUAGAAAUUUGGAAAAAUAAUAUGAAUACCAAGAAAUUAUCAGCCAUUUUGCAAAUUGCAUUAUUUUUCUGAGAAAUGUAAUGAGACGAGACAACAAGUUAUUUUAUAGGGAAAGUCCACCCUAAAAUUGGUUUCAACGUAAGCAGAAAAGUUCAAACCAUUACAGAGUUUAAAAUUUUGUGAAGUGUUCAAUUUGUGGUGUCAUUACGAGCAAGCUUCCAUGUAUGUCAUGUAAUAUAGGUUCCAUGAUACUAUUCUUUUUUUCUCAUAAUAUAUGACUUUACAUGUGGAGUCAAUAUAUGACCCUUCAUGCAUCUACAUGUAGGUAGGGAAAAAAAGGGUCAUCAUGAACCAUUUAAUACAUAGCAAUUAACAUACAUACACUGUGAAUUUUAUGAUGUGCAUGUAUACAGAGCUGCUCGCUUGUGACAUCACAAAUUUGAUAUUUUUAAGUUCUGUUAUUCUUUGAUAUAUUUUCAUAAAACCUUUCUCAUUCUUGUCUUAUGCCAUCAACAGCACUUUGUAUCCUCUGGAAAAAAAAAUGCUAUAUAAAUCCAAUUAUUAUUAUUCUGUCAUUCUUCUACUGUUAUUUGGUCCAACUUGAUAUGAGGGUGAACUUUCCCUUUAAGUGAAAGUGUGUAUCGUAAUCUUUUUAAGAUAAGCCAUUAUUUGCUCCUCAGUGUAGCAUCGUGUGGUUAAAACAAAUCUAUAAUCUGCAGCAAAUGUUAUAUGUACCGGUUAUAUGCAGUGAGUCUUAAAAUGUACUCGCUAAAAAAUUAAAUAACACUGAUAUUGGAAAAAUUGGAAAAUCCUUGUGUUUCGCACUUUGUUACACUGCUGUUGCUGUUGUAUGUUUCAUUGUUUGUUUUCCAUAUACUUAUUUAUUAAACCUAAAGUUUUGGAAAAAAAUCUAAGUGGGGAGUCAAUAGACAAAUGAUAAUACAGAUGCCAACUGCUCCUAUAUUGAAGUAUUUUAUAUUUGUUCUUCUUACAUAAACACUGCAGGGUCCAUGGAAAGUACCCCUGUCCCCAUUGGCAUUAUUCAUAUGUCUCUUGAAGAAAAGUUGAAAAAAAAAAAAUUUUCAACCAAAACCAGUCAUUUUCAUCCCUCCACAUACUUUAAUUCAUUCUAAAGGCUGGCUUCCCUGAAAGAUAGUUACAUGUAGUUGAUACAUAGAGUGUAAAAAAGGAGGAGAUUGGAUAGGAUAAAGGAGAGUGUACUGCAGUGCGUAUCAAUAAAAAAUUUACACUCUGAAAAAGUCCUGGGAAUUUUUGUAAAGCUCACAGAAAUAGGUUUGUGCAGAAAUGCUCAUUUUCAUGCUGUGUCAAGGGGGAAAAAGGCAAAAACUGACCGUGCGGUACAGUACUCGUGCAUUUCUUAUGCAUUUUUAGCCACUUGAAAUAAAACAAUUACUUCUAAACAUUUUAUAGCAACUUUGCCGCCCAAAUAAACAUUUUAACCCUAGUUAAGCACUUCCUUUACCUUUUUUGUGCCAACUGGAUUUAAUGACAUACCAAUGUAAACAAAAAUUUUAUUUCAGACAUCUCCAGCAUUUUAUCACAAGUUUUUAUCAUUAACAGUGGGUUUACAUUUCAGUUAAUACUUGUUACUCCACUCUUUUCCCAAGCUUGACAAUGAUUAACAGACGGAAAAUCUAGCCCAAGCCAUUUCAUUUCAAUCACAGCUCCUUGUAAAGCAAAUAUCAUGAUGGCCUGUGUUUGGAGGGGGGUGCAAUGGCAGGCUAUGAAGUAUUAUGGGCAAGAAAACAAGGUAUCUUCAAAUCAAUCUUCCUAGCUAAAAUCGCUGUUCAUCAUGAUUCAUGUCUGCUUUUAUUCAUAUAACUCCUUCCAAUUUCUACAAAAAUCAUUUUUCACGAACUUUUCAAAAGUGGUGCUCACUCAAGCAGAAAGAAUUUUCGACAGUUAUCUCAUCAAUUGCUUUAAGAGAUCUGUAACAAUGUUUGAAUGUGGAAAAAGCUUCAGAAUAUUACAAUAUUGCAAAUUUUACAGGAUUAUUUUUAACUGUAAUUUUUUUUGAUAGGAUAUGUAUAAAGAUAAAGUGAUGACAAAGAGAUAAGGAAAGGAUAUUGUAGAGUAAAUCUGUUACCCAUAUUCUGAAGUCUAGGUUAAUUUGGGCCAUGAUCUAAUUCUGUGCUGACAUUAUCAGAAGCUGAAAAUGUAUGUUUCUAAUCUUUAACUUGUUCUUUCAUGUUCUAAUAGUGAAGAAAAAUACUUUAAAAAUUAUUAUUCCCAGGCAGUUAUUAAUGAAUGUGAGCUCACAAAUUGAACUGCUUCUGUCAAGUUUUCAUCAUCAUUGGCUAUCCAUAGUUAAAUUAAGAUUAUAUUCAGAAUAUGGGCCUGAGAGAAUUGGAAAAUUAACAAGUCAAUAGAAUUAAUUUUCUACAAGGAAAUGAGGUCGGAGAAAAAUAUCUUGCAAUUAUGUGAAUUUCAGUACUUUAUUUUCAACACACUUCUGCCUAUUCAUUAUAGAGAUAGACAUAGUAGAAAAUAUAUAACUACAAAUCAUUUACAAGACCAUAUAAAAUAAUAGAUUUACAGAGAAAUAUAAAGCCAAUAUUACAAAUAUACAUGUAGUACUAUUUAGCUGAAUAGAUUAAAAAUAAUAUGUUAGUGUCUCAAAGCCAUGAAAUUUAAGAAAUGCUCAAAGAGAAUAAUAUACUACAAUUUUUCAUUUCAUAAACCCUUUAUAUGAAGUACAGAAACAAUGAAUCACAAACAUUUGUAUUUU